CCCCAACCCCAACCCCACGGCUUUUCCAACCCAGAGCGCGCCAACUGGCCACCGAGCUCCCCGGAAAUGGCGCCUCUCCUCGCUCUCCUCCUGUGCCUCCUCCUCCUCCUCUCCGCUCUCCCAUGCUCCGGAGCCGCCUCGCCUUCCCGCUCCUCUUCCCCAUCUGCGGCCCCGACACCGCUCGUCCCGGCGCUCUUCGUCAUCGGCGACUCCACGGCCGACGUCGGCACCAACAACUACCUCGGCACGCUCGCCCGCGCUGACCGCGAGCCCUACGGACGGGACUUCGACACCCACCGCCCCACCGGACGCUUCUCCAACGGCCGCAUCCCCGUCGACUACCUCGCGGAGAAGCUGGGGCUGCCCUUCGUGCCUCCCUACCUCGAGCAGAGCAUGCGGAUGGGCGUCGGCAGCGUUGGCCUCACCAACAUUGAUGGAAUGAUCCAAGGCGUCAACUAUGCGUCCGCGGCAGCCGGCAUUCUCUCCAGCAGUGGUUCGGAGCUGGGGAUGCAUGUGUCGCUCACCCAGCAGGUGCAGCAGGUUGAGGACACAUAUGAGCAGCUGGCACUGGCUCUUGGGGAGGCAGCCACAGUGGACCUGUUCAAGAGGUCCGUCUUCUUUCUGUCCAUCGGGAGCAACGACUUCAUCCACUACUACCUGCGCAAUGUCUCCGGCGUACAGAUGCAUUACCUCCCAUGGGAGUUCAAUCAGCUUCUUGUUAAUUCUGUGAGGCAGGAAAUCAAGAACCUGUACAAUAUCAAUGUUCGCAAGAUCGUGCUGAUGGGCCUUCCUCCUGUUGGCUGUGCACCUCACUUCCUUUCGGAUUACGGCAGCCAAAAUGGGGAAUGCAUCGACUACAUCAACAACGUUGUGAUCGAGUUCAACUAUGGCCUGAGAUACAUGUCCAGUGAGUUCAUCCGCCAGUACCCAGAUUCCAUGAUCAGUUACUGUGAUACAUUCGAGGGAUCAGUGGACAUUCUAGAGAACCGCGACCGCUAUGGCUUUCUGACCACCACUGAUGCUUGCUGUGGGCUGGGCAAGUAUGGUGGCCUAUUCAUAUGUGUUCUUCCACAGAUGGCGUGCAGCGAUGCGUCAAGCCAUGUGUGGUGGGAUGAAUUCCACCCUACAGAGACUGUGAACCGGAUCCUGGCCGAAAAUGUGUGGUCUGGUGAGCACACCAAGAUGUGCUAUCCAGUGGACUUGCAGGAGAUGGUGAAACUGAAGAAGUAGAACCUACCUGAAGCUUCUUUGCAGUUAUUUGCUCAACUUCUGUGUUUUCGUAUUGACACACAAAUUUUGUGAGUCGGCACAGCGGAAUGUAUAUCUUGAAAGUCACGAAGUUCAGUAGCUCAGGUUAAAUGCAAGUAUGUUAGCCUGUAAAUUCACUGUGGAGAAUCUAUAUGGAAAAAUUGUUAGAUACUGCAUAUGCAACUUUUGCAGUGACGAACCUGUUCGGUGGCAAAAGAGCUGUGUUCCAUUUCUCAGUG